CGGGGAUAUCAUGGCAUAGUAGUAAUGAGUUAAAUGAACAAGGAUAGAAGUUGCUCGUAGGCGCUAUCGGUGGGGUUCAAGCAGUUGGUUCUGAUAGAAUGUGAUCAGCGGUAACAUUCCAAUCUAUGUGUGUGGGUUCCAUAGAUAAGCUGAGAGCUGCUACCUGGAGCAGUACUGGCGAAGGAAGGUAAGCUGCUCGCUGGACUUGCUUUGUUCUGCUCCAACCCCUCAUCUUCCUGGAUCUCCCGUGACCUUAAUCUUUUAUUAUUAUUUGGUUAAACGCCAACCUAUUCAGUAGCGCUGUGUAUUUAUUUAUUUUUCUGUACAUUCUUUUUGUUUUUUGUUUUUUGUGUUACUGUUGUGUUUGGCAUUUUGCAGUCUCUGUGUAUCAUAUCUAUAGUAACUGCACACGCUCAUGCAAAUAAAUGUGGUUUAUUCUUGAGUGACAGAUCGCUUUUGUAGUUUCUUAAGGAGUGUGAGGUGUUUCUGUAGCCUGUUUUCCUCUAAAAACUUUGCAAAUGUGUCUAUUUAAAGAGGCAUUAAAGUCACUGUAUUUACUGACUGAGCCUACGUUUUAGUAUGCAAAAUGUAUACCAUCAGGGACAUUUCUAUGUGAAGUGGUAUUAAUAUGCUCUCAAAAAUGUUUACCACCUUCUCCUCCUCCCCACCCUCUUUUUUUUUUUAUUUUUUUUUUUUAAUAUAUCUAAUGAGCUAAUAAACUGGUAGUGACUACUGUCCCCUUUAUCCUUCCUUGUGGCCAGCUGUAUAGUACAAGAGGUUAGCACAGCAGGUUUCCUGGUUAUUUAUGGCGCCCUCCCAAUUGACCUUUGUUGAGUCCCAUGCCCUCUCAUGCACCCCUUGUAUCCUGGGUAGAUUGCUAGCUGAUAUAGUAGAGUGCAUGUGUUGCUGUUUAGCAGGAAGAGCUGUUUUAUUUUCUUGUCUCCUUUGGGGGAAGUGUUGAAUUGCUGCUAUGUUUUGGGUUAGCCACAUAGAUGCACACAGCUUAAAGCUGUAGGGGGUUGGGAAGAUUCUGUUCCUUAGAAACUUCUAAACCAAGUUUAGUCAUUGCAACCUGAUCAUUGUUCCAAUAGGGUUCUGUGUGUGAUUUAUUAUUGGGAACUCACAUUGGUAAAAGAGACUACCAAAGGAAAUGCAUGUUUAUUAGAAUUUUAGAAUGAGAUCUUAAAUCCUAAUCUAAAAACGAAUCGAUCUGAGCAUUAAAUCCCCAUAAAUUCACUUCAAGUCAUCCUAUUUUUAAACACAGGAUAUCCUAUUGGCAGAAAGGGUCCUCUGCUCUAAUUUACAGCUUCCCCCUCACCUCCCAUUGAUCCGAGGAUUCAUUGACAAAGAGCAUUCAUUCAUUAUUGUCUGCCUGCAGAGUAUUCUAGAAAAGAUAUCCCGAGCUCGCAGACCCCCCAGUCACAAGACCUCUAAGCUACAGCCUAACUAAAACCGUAUGUGCAUUACAAAGGGAUGGAGGGAGUAGUUGGUGUGAGUUCUGUGCAUUCAUGCUUUUAGAGUAAAAAAACAAACUGUAGUUCUAAACGUGGAGCAGUCACCAUGAAGACUAGUACAAUGUUUCAUAUUGUUAAUUUGGUUUCCAUGUUGGAAGUUGAAAGUUUUAAGACACAAUCGUAUAUUUAUUUAAAUCUAUGGAUAUUUUUUAAGGGCGCAGCCUUGGGUGGUGAAAAUAAAUAUUUAUGCCUGAUGUUUUAAAGUAGUAGUAGUGUGUGUGUGUGUGUGUGUGUGUGUGUGUGUGUGUGUUUUUUAUUUAAAUUUUUUUUCCCCAUGCUCAUAUUUUUAUAAAAAUGUAUUAUUAAUGAUGAUAUAUUCUUUUAAUGUGUGGUUUUGCUGGCAUUCUCUUCUAAUCCACAAAACCUUUAAACAUGUAACUUUUUAAAACAUUACAUUCCUCCUCCAACUAGCAGGUCACUAUUGCAAAUCCGGUACCAACUACAAAACCACCAUGACUAUAUCUGGUGCAUGCAUUCUGUGUAUGCAGUGUUUCCGUUCAAACUCUACUUAAAAAUCAAUGACUUUGUAUCAGUGAAGCCCUCAAUUCUAGGUCACUUGCUCUGUUAAACAUGCAUUCCUCCCACUUUCCCCCAUACGACAUUACUUGCUGUGUUUAACCCCUUAAGGACCAAACUUCUGGAAUAAAAGGGAAUCAUGACAUGUCACACAUGUCAUGUGUCCUUAAGGGGUUAAAGGUUUGUGUGUGUGUGUGUGUGUGUGUGUGUUUGUUUUAACCACCUUGACCAAGUAAUUGGAAGGAAGGAGUUUGUAUGUGCAGCAUUUCAAUAUGAAACGCCACCUCUGGCAGCUUCCUUGGGGUGUCAUUAGUCUGCCAGACUGGCUAUUAUUUAUGUACAAAAAAAAUCAUUAAAAACCUACUUCUUCAUAAAAGCGUAUCAAUUAAGCUAUUAAUAGCUCCUGACUGAUUCCUCUCUUGCAACUGUCAUUAGUCUAAUACUACCCUUACCUUUUUGUGUCACUUUACCCCACUCUCUCUAGAAUGUAAGCUCAUUGAGCAGGGCCCUCAACCCCUCUGUUCCUGUGUGUCCAACUUGUCUGGUUACAACUACAUGUUUGUUCGUCCACCCACUGUAAAGCCCUGCGGAAUUUGUUGUCCCUAUAUAAAACCAUAAUGUACAAGUUUUGAUGCGUAAUAUGCCAUUUAUUGGCUGAGAACAAUCUGUUGAUGCUCUCCAUAAAGAAAUGAUGACUAGAUUGGCAUAUUCAGAAACGGAAAGUGCAUCGCAUCCUAGAAGUCUCCCAGGUAAGUGGGCAAGUUGUUACCAAAAGGCUUGUCUCAUUACUGGGGAAACAGGCCACGGCAUUCAUUGAAUCCUAAAAUGUACAGUGGGCUGUAAUGGCUAUGAUGCGUAGAGUCCUUUUUUUUUUUUUUUACUUUUCGGCAACUUUGGAGGUGAGCUGUCACCACGAGAUGUUAUCGCUCUGCUUAGCUCACAGGUCAUGAACACAUACAGCAAUUUUAUCAUAAUUUUUUUUUUUAAAUUCUUUAUUUUUGCUGUGCAUAACAACAUGUUCAAAUUUGCAAUACCAUGGCAAUAAAUUCAAUGGUUAAACAUGAUAUGACUAAGGUAUUGGCUGCACAAUAUGUUGAAAAAUAACAUCGGGUUGGUCCCAUAGACGUGUGUCAGUGGUACUCUACUACUCGCGCUGCCUUUGUGUCAGUUGAGCCGUUAUCUGUUUAACUAGGUGGCUGAUGUGAGUAGGGCCUGUCCUGUGCUGGUACCAGUCUAGGUUACAUCUAAGGAACACUGCUGUUUUUAUCUGAAUUGACUGUGUGGGUUAUCCUCGGGUCAGGUGGUUACAGCAGUCUGGCUUCUUUCUGUGUCUCUUGACCUAUCUGCGGGUCCCCUAACCUAUGGCGUCAUGUAAAUCUACAAGAAAUUCUAAUCAAAAUUGCGUUGCGGAAGAUAGAAUCUAAACUUGCCACACCUCUUCCUGUUUAAGACCAACACGCACUUUGACUGACAGACACAUGCCCUCACUUAUACAUACUGACACACAGAACCAUUUGCACACACACAAUUUCACUAACACUCAGGCACACACAUUCACAGAGCGUCGCACACACUUACAUACUCACAGACCCACAUAUCCAACUGACACACUUGCACACAUUUUCUCAUACACACAAAUUAUUAUAUAAAUGCCUUGUUAGGCUCACAGUAAACAUAGAGCUGAGUUUACAUAUUUCUUGUGGGUAAAACUCUUUAUUUUUCUUUUUGUGUGCAGCACCUUUUGAAAUGUUGUCUGACUACAUUGCUGUUAAUAAUCUAUAAUUGGCUUACACUCUUUUAGAUAUAUUUUGCCUGACUCGGCUACCCCACCCUUGACUCAGACAAUUCUGCGGUUUACCUGAGUAAAUGGUUUUACAUCCAAGUCAUUUGCCCUAUUUAUACAGUAAUUUAGUCAGUCCUUCAAGUUUAAACUUAAUUUACAAAAUUCAAAAGGCAACACAUUUUUGCCAAUCAAUAUGUUUCUAUUCAGGUCUAGUCCAGUUCUGGAAUAACAGAGAGCCAGCAAGUUCCCUCUGCAAAAGAGAUACAGCAAUUCCUGUGUAGAAUUGUAUUAUUGAUUUUUUUUUUUUUUUUUUUUUUAACAUGCAGAUCUUGUUUCCACAACUUGUACUGCAUGGUUACAAUAAAAUAACUUUUUUGUGCUGUGUCAUGCAGGGUCCUGAAUCUCAUGGGGACAUACAUGCCCUGGUUUACCUGAGAUUGGGGUUAGUUUCAAUUCUCGCUGUUUUCCGUUGUCCCCAAUAAUUCUGCUCCUUUUUAUAUUCUUGAUCUCCUGGUUGGAGGGGUGUUGGGCAGACAGUAAGUGUCACUGCACAGUAAGGGUGCUGAAGCUAUAACUAUAGCUUCUGGUGCUUGGAGUAUAGCUUUCACUAGACUGACUGUGAUAUGACCUACACUAACAUAAUUGUUCAAAUGAAACGGUGUAUUCAAAGAAAAUUAAUGCCAUCUGGGACUUCAAAAAAAGAUAAUAUGCUGUCAGUUUCUGUGACCAUUUGACUUAAUUUUCACAUGUUGUACUAUUCUAUAUCUUAUCUGUAUUGGUAUAUAAUCUGUGUAUUACUUGGGUUUUAUUGGUGUGGGAAUGUUUAAACACGUAAAUGAAAUGGUUUCUAGAAUACUGCUUUUACUGCUGUAUUCUAGGAAUCCUGUCUUUAUCUAGUGUUUAUCUUUCCCUCGAUUUGAUGUACUGCUAAUUGCUACUAGUAGAGUACAAGUUUCAGCAAUAUAAGAGUAACUGCCUUAUUAAUGUUAGAAAAGGGUAUGGAUAUGUAUCUUAGACCUGGGGGGGGGGGAGGGGAUGUUACAUACAUAUCCAUACCCUUUUCUAACAUUAAUAAGGCAGUUACUCUUACAUUCACUCAAAGUACCAACCAAAUAAUUAGACAUUCUAUAGGGAUGGAAAAGUGGACACAUUUUUAUUCUGACCACAACUUUCAAGUUAACCAUUCCAAAUAUACUGUCUAACAACUUACUCCAGGGCUGUCAUGCAGAUACAAAACCCACUGUUGUGCAGAGCUUCGUUUAUUGGUCUACUGGGCAGAGCACAAGUUCCCAAGUUCAAAGGGGCAAAACUGAGUGCAGGUCUAAUGAUGUGCUUGUGCUACAUCUUUUAAUGACCGUUCCGAGGUGUCCUCAAAAGGGACAGGAUCCUAAAAUCUGGACUGUCCUGCCGAAAUCAGGUAUGUUUUGUUUACGAUUGACUCAGAGACCAGAGAAUGAAUGUUAGGUGACAGAAGCAUGUAACAUCUUGCACCAUCGCUGAAUGAUUAUUUUGAGUGCAGAAGCAGUGUAUGAUAAAAAUUUAGAAAUCCACAGUUCUUUUUCCUGCAUCUGGGCGCCUCCAUCCUAUCUCACCGUCAAUCAUUAUUCUAAGCUCUGUCCUUUGCACCUGCCAGUCAGUAUAGAGAAAACAUACAGCGAAGAGUAGAAAUUAAACAAUGUUCCUAUUUAUCUUAAUUUAUAUUGUUUGCCUUGUUUGAGAUAGAUUGGCAUUAUCUUAAUAUAAAUUUAUAUUAAGUUAUAGGUAAUUUUCCAAGUUUAUUUUUUUAUUUUUUCUUCAUGUGACAGUUCCUCUUUAAGUUAAGUCUACAUUUCUGUUGUGACCUAAAUAUUAACUUCUCUUUUUACCACAGUUUCGUUUGUUGUGCUUCCCACUAAGUUUUCAUAUAUUCUGUUUUCUGCUUUGAACUGCUUUACAACCCAGACAACAAACACACAGCCUUGACUAACUAUAUACAGUAUGAGAAGAUCAGAAUAUUUAAAGGGUUGGAACCUUUCCAGUGAAAAAUGCCCUUUUGGGCACUGUGGAAAAGGUCUCAAUAAGCUGUGAAACCUGCAAAAAAGUAACUGAGGCCACAGGCUUCUUAUAAAGAAGCCUAUGAUUGGACCAUUUAGCUGGCUCAGAGUGCAUGCACGCGCUUCAGGCUGAGGGAGGGUUUUUUUUUUUUGUUUGUUUGUUUUUAAAUAAAAACAAAUGAGCAAUGAAGGGAGCACCUACAGUGAAUUGACAUUAGGCAGGCUGGAACAGAGUUCAGGGCUGCCAAUGUCACAUGUGCUGGUGGUGCAACUAGCCCCCAGCACACAAUUGGCAAUAACUCAGCUGAAACACUGACGUGGUCAUGGUGUUUAUAGUAGCCCUUUUAACAUAUUAAAAUAACAACGUAUUGAUGUACAAUUCUUUGCCUUUUCUAUUCACGCACAUACCCUGGGGGUUCCACUUACUAAGAUUUAAAUAAAACAUGUUUAAAUGUCUCUGAAUUAUUUUUUAAGCUGGCCUUUUUAUUUGUGGGUUCAUUUUUCUAUUUGUAUUCUAGACCUCCUCAUUCUGAUAGCUCCCCAUAAUAUGAAUAAUAAUAAUAAUAAUAAUAAAAACAAUAAUUUUAAUUCAAUAAAGGAUAGUUUUUGUCUUUUGCUUAUCAGGUUGCAUAUUAGUACAUAGUGCUAUAUAGUUAAAUAGAUUUAUAUUUGUAAUCACUUGCAUUAUGGUUGUACAGUUUCAUUGAAACUCUCUCUAGAUGGAAAGUAUCACCAAUACAGUUUUGUUUUGUUAUUUCUUUUGCCUGACAAUCUGAUGAAAUAACUAAAAAUAGAAGCAGUGACCCUGAAAUGCCUUUUUAUUUUUUUAAUAAUGAUAACCUGCUGCAGAGAGAUCUGUCUGGUACAUGACCGCUUGCUUCCUCCUGUCAUGUGAGCUGAUGUCACCCAGCUCGAUACAUUCAGGAUAACAACGUAGAAAACUUAUCAGUAGUCAACACUCUGCAUUGUUUUACUCAUGUCACAAACUGCUAUUUUUUUCCCUUUGUAAUCUAAAAAAAUGCUGACUUAUUUUUUUUUUUUUUUUUUAAAUAAAAGUUCCAUAAUUACUUUUUACAAGUAAGAAGCUAGUCACAUGAUUGCAAAGAUAACAAUAUGGUUAAAUUCUUUAUUUCAAUUAAUCAUAUUGGCUACUGUAUCUGUGUAGGGACCAAAGAAAAUCAUAUUCUGGUUCUGAUGGAUAUUCUUAAAACUGAUGUUUAUGGGUAUUUUGAAAAGUUGUGCUACACCCCCCCCCCCCUAUCAGGGUUAUGCACACAUGGAACUUGCUGUAACCUUUAUUGAAUAAUUACACUCAGAAUGGCUGAGAGCAUCAGCCUGACCUCAUUCACCCUCUCAAAGCACCCAUUGCUGGUAUGGCUAAGGAAGAGUGAAAUCUGUCUUAGCCAUAAUACCCAUGGCAGGGCAUUGCUGUGGGCCAGGGAGCCUCAUUCAUUGUUUGAAAAUGGUUUAGCACUGAAUGGAGCAACAGUGCCGGGUCCCAGGGGACUAUAACCAAUUUAAUGAGAUGAGUUGGUUAUAGUGCCUGUGUUCCUUUAACUAGGAAAGUGUGUGUAACUGAUGUGCCCUAUGAUCUCAUAAACUGAGUGAUUCUGUGCUUGCUGUUUUUGAAGAGAGGAAUGUUGCAAACUGCACUUUGUUUCCUUUUAGAUUUGGUCUGUCAUGCAAAUUUACAGCACUUCUCUAAAAUUUCCAAAAGUGUUCUUGUAUCGUAUUGCGAAAAUAAAACUGGUCCAGAUUUGGCAAUCAGAACUGCUGAAGUUUGGAGUCAAAUAAAAUAACUGUUUUAAGGGACUGAAUAUAAUGUAAGUAGUUGUUCAAUUUUGCUGGAAGGUGUUAGGUGAGUAUUACCACUUCUUUUGUUUCUGUGGACCCCCAUGGUUUUGCUGGGACAUUCAAGGAAGUUUGCAUUUUUGUUAUCUUAUCAUCGCAAAAAAAAGAAAAGAAAGUCCACUCUAGCCUGGAGUAUCCUUUUCUGUGCUGGAUUUAUCAGGGCUUUUUGUGGCUCAAACCUUGCUGUAUUUGGAGCUGGUUUGUAGAGAACCAUUUAAAACGUACUGAUCUAUACAACUCUGUUUGUCAUCAAAUGUCUCCCAUUGUCCUCUAAAUGUCAUUCUCUACUCUAUGUGGGUGAUUUGAAAAUAAUGAUUUAUUAUAUAGUAGACUGACAGUGUGAAUCUUGAAAGACGUGUUUUCGAAGCUGUUUGUGGCCACGCUGUUUAGAAUAUUUUGUAAUGCUCAAAAUUGUUUGUAAUUUUUAUAUGAGCCAAGUUAAUCUUAUUAAAUGGGCAUGCAUUACUUGGAGACAACUCUCAUUCAAAAGCUUUAGCACUGAAAUAGACAGUUACCUUAAUCUGCAGGGAGAUAUGAUCUAUAUUUCAUAUUUAACUGCAUCUACAUUCCACACCCACUCGGGGAGGAGGGAAGAGACACUCAAAUUUAGUUCCCUAUCCCUAGGAAUGCGGGAAAAGUGCAUUAGGCAUGCUUGACGGAUUUAGUCAUGUGCAGUUGGAAGAGCUCUUCACCUUGCAACAUCUGAACGGGGUGGGAAAGCGAAUGAGUCUGAUCAUGCAGAGCUGAUAUGUUGUUGAGUUUCGGCAUGAUAAUGCCCUGUUUCUGUCAUUCGUGGUCUGAAACUGAGAUAGAUAAAUACUCCUAGCCUAGCUGAGCGGUGUGCUCAAUAAUGUAAUCCAACCAAGUUUAUAAAAGAUUUUUGUUACAUACUUUUCAAAGUUUUGCUGGAUUUAUUUUAGUUUGUGUAUUUGUUUUAAAGAGUUUUCUGUACCUUUUUUAAGCUGGGUUAAUCCCCAAAACCCAUUAUCUUUAGAAGUCUGAAUAAUUUUGGUGUUUAUGCAUGGAAGAUUAAGACCUGUCCUUCUUCUUUUUCUUUCCUUUUUUUUUUUUAACUCUAUAUCUCUUGCAAUGUAAACCAUUUAUGGGUCUACUAACCCUUUAUAUAAAGAAAAAGUAUCAUUACUUUUUUGUAUUGCUUUGUGGUUUGUUUGUUUUUUUUGUUUGUUUUUUUAAUUUAAUGUAUUUAGACUUGACAUGGCUUUUUCUUUACAGGUGAUCAACCAUAUUAUUCAUUAUACCCCAAACAAAAGCCAUGGCUGUCUCAAAUCCUAUAAACAUGAUGCCAAGGACCCAACCUGUUCUUUUUCCAGAAGGCAAGUCUGUUUUUAUUUAAUAUAAAUUCAAAAAAUGGCAUUAUGUGUAUUUUAAAUGCUUUUAUGUUCCUUCCGUAGUCGUUUUCUUGACCUCUAAAAUCUUUUAUUUAUUCUCUUACUUGCAGAUGAGUUACCAAGGCCAGCUGUAAUUGGUUUAGAUGGUUGUCGUGGGUUACAUGCAAGCAGUGCCACAGCUAUCAAAGAAAUUCUUGCUUCUGUCUUAAACCUUCCGAGUAACAUGAAAUCCAAAUUAUCCACCAAUAUGGAAUUUCAAGACAGUGAUCUAGAUAAUUUGGAUAGCAGCAGUAAUGGUGAUUCUGAUACGGACAGUUCUAGCUGUGUUCGAAUAAUCUCUGGGCCUUUAGAUGACAUUCGGUUUAACAGGCCCACAGCAUGCUGGGAUAAUUCACAAAUGGACUCUCCGACGUCUUCCACCUUGGAAUUACUUCCUCUUUCACCUCGAGUUCCCAUUCUAAGUCUUCAAAAUGAUGUAACCGAACAAGAGAUUUCUACUUUACCUAAAUGUGGGGCUUGCACAACUUUCCAGUUGGCCGAAGAAAGCUUUCCAUCACAAAUGAAUGUUCCACUUCAGAUGGGUAUACAAUGGGAGAAUCGGAGGUUUUCCUCACCUAAUCUUUCAAGUCCUAUUCCUAAUCUUGAUCAAAGCACUCUGAAUUUGACUUUUGAUUUAUACUCUAUGCCAAUAAAUAACAAAACGGAAGAACUAGAGAAAUGUGAUGUCGAAGAUCACAAACUAUCCCAUCGGAGAUCACAAUCCUAUUCCAGUAUUCUCACAGGUAUUUAAGAGUAUCACAGUUUUGGGGUUUACACCUUCAUUUGUUUUGGGGGUUUUUUCUCGCCUCCCCCACCCCCAUUGAGUCACAGAUCAAUCUUCUAAACUGUACAAAUGCAUUCUACCCUUUUCCCUUCUUUUCUUUUCUUCUUGAUAAUCUUGUGUGAUAUAAUAUUUUUUUGUUGGUGUGUGUGUGUGUAUAAAUCUUUCUCUUUUAAGUGUUUAUAACCUUAGAUGUAUUGAUGAUAUAUUCAUAUAUGCUACAUUUUAUUCUUUCCUUCAUGUAUACUCUUGCAUGUUAACUACUGGUGUAUAUACUUUUUUUUUUUUUUUUCUAAACAGCUUCAAAUCAGAUCUUGGCUUCAAGAGCGGAGACGUUACAUCCCUUAACAGAAAAUGUAUUUGAACCAACUGUGAAUUUGGAGAAUGUAAGGAACCAUUAGCAAACCAUUAUUGACUAGUAUUAAAAAUGGUAUGAUUUUCUCAUGAAAGAGAUUAAAGUCAAGUGUACCAUACCCCCAACAAAGACUGCAAAUAACUUUUCAUGUGUCCAGCGUUCUUCUUUUUUUUUUUUUUUUUCAAUAUUUAAACAGAUUUUUGUGUUCCCUCUCUGCUUUUCUUGUGCCCUUUUAUAAUUUAUCAUAACUGGUACUUGGUAAGAUUAAAGCCCAUACAAUUGUCCCAUGUGAUUUUUGAUAAAGAAAUCAUUUAUCUUGGCGGUUAUCAACCACUUUCUUUUUCUUGGAAGGCAUAUGUGUUUUUGAAACGUGGUGUGCAGGGAAAAGUCUUACACUCUCUUCCAAAGUAGAUCAGGGCUUUGUAUAUAGCCUUGCUGGAUACUAUAACACACAAAAUAACAUUUUCAAUGUAAUGAAAUGUGCUUCUUCUGUUGUGUACCAAUUUAUCCAGUGUCCCAGGUAGGGUUGUCACUGGUUGACUUCAGUGAAUAUUUUACACUAGCCAUUCUACAAGACAUUCAGAUAUUCCACAUACUGUAGUGGCACUUGCAGAAACAGAUGCUACUUGUGAUUUAUAAAGAAUCACUUAGAACAUUGUCUAUCAAAUGAAACCUCCUACAUUUCUUUUGUUUCUCUCCUCUAAGGAAAAUGAACACUUCUUGGUGGCAGAUAUGUUUAUAGCUGCAGUUGAAAAGAUUAAAAGCAAUUUGGCAUACGAGCAGUGGAAAGUAGCUAGCAGCCAAGCUCCAUACUGGAUUACAAAAAAACCCAAAGACAUUUGCUUUCACAGGAAAAAAUGUAACUCCGAAUCUACAAUCUCCAUUGACAGUGGCUAUGGAGGUAAAUUCAUUUUUAUUUAUUUUUUUCUAAUGUAUUUUCAAUACAAAGAGUGUGCUCUAAAAUCCUGUUUGAAGAGUAAUUGCUAUUUAAUUAGCUGGGAAAUAUAGAGAAUUAAUUGGGUCAAAGCAACAGAGCUUGUGUGUGUUUUUGUUUGUUUGUUUGUUUUCAAUUUUCUAGGAAAUAGAGCAACCAUAAGCUGAUCAUAUUUGUUUUCGAUUGACAAUUGCUAUACAUGCUGACAUGUUUAGAUGACUUUUAAUAUGUAUUGUAAAUGGCUUCAGUAGAUAAUGUACAUGAAAAUAAACUAUUUUAAAUGCUUCUGUAGUUUUAGUAGCUGCUUUAUUUUGCAAAUAUUUUUUUUAUAUAUAAUUUCUUUUAAAAAUUUUCUGCAGCACAACAGAGUUCUCUUCCUGCAACUCCCAUUUUAGAAGAAAAAACAGAGAUCUCAAAGAGUGAUGAACCCUGUGAAGAUUAUGAUGAUGAAUUUGUAAUUAUUGGUAACUUAUUUUAUUUAUCAUUUUAAAAUAUUUAACCCAUCGUGUGUGUUUGUGUGUGUUUACAACUUCACAAUCUAUAUUCACAUAUUUCCUAUAGCUUUGCCUCCAACUUAAAUAUAUAGUUUAUUACCUGGUGCUCAGCAACUAUGGGAUUCCAAAAUGUCUUCUUUAUUCAGUUGUCAAGUGACACUUCGAUUUUUAAACUAAAUAAAGAAGAAUUGUUGGAAUUCCUGGAGUACUGGUAUCUUGCAAUAUGACUUGUAUAAUUUUGUAUUAUAUUAUCCUCCGUACACACAGUUUGUGAUAUAACUGUAGUUUUAUUCAGCCUUCAAACUGGAUCUGGCAACAUUUUGACAGUGUCUUUAUCAAGCCUUGAUCCGCCGAAGAAGGUCCUUCCAUACGACAGAGACUCCAAAAGUUUGGCGUUCGUGUGCCACACAGAUAUAAUAUGUGUGUAUAUUAAAAAAAAAAAACAACCUAAAAAUAAAUUCUAAUGGGAGAAAAAAAAAUCUUUGUGUAGACUACCUUCUGCAUUUAGUAGAAUUAAUAGCGUGAACAAUGUAUGAGUGUAGUGGCGUUUAAUGAAUGGAAUGUAUAUGAAUUGCACAAUUAGUGAAGGAAGAUUGGAAAAUAUAUAAAUAUAAAUAUUAUUCAUAUAUAUCUAGUAGUUUGUGAGAUAUUAAUGAUUUUUUUUUUUAUCUGCCACUUGCAAAAUAUUUUAGUCAGAACCAUUUUUGAAGAAAAAAUCUUUAGCAGAAGGGAGCUUUUUUUAAUUUUAUUUAUUUUUUUCAGCAAUAUUAAUUUUAUCGUCCUGCUAGCAGAGGUAUUAAAUGUUUCACAAAACAAAAAAAAGAAGCACUGCCAUAAUAGGACAUCAACUCUGCCAGCAAUUGCCUGAUGGGUUCCUGUUGGUUUUUAAAAUACUGUAAUACAAAUUAUUUCCCCAGCCUGAAUUUUACAGCAAUUUAAUUAAAACAAUUGUUGGCUUAGAAGUUGUGAUGGUUGUGCCAGUUAUUCUGGAAACUUACGCUUAGUCUCUAGCCAUAACACUUUAAUGUACAAUAGGGUUACAGCUAAAUAUAAAAAAAACCUCAAAAAACAAUACAAUAGUAUAUUGCUUUAGUGCCAUGCUAAUUAAGGCAAUAUUACACUACAGGGAGUGCAGAAUUAUUAGGCAAAUUAGUAUUUUGACCACAUCAUCCUCUUUAUGCAUGUUGUCUUACUCCAAGCUGUAUAGGCUCGAAAGCCUACUACCAAUUAAGCAUAUUAGGUGAUGUGCAUCUCUGUAAUGAGAAGGGGUGUGGUCUAAUGACAUCAACACCCUAUAUCAGGUGUGCAUAAUUAUUAGGCAACUUCCUUUCCUUUGGCAAAAUGGGUCAAAAGAAGGACUUGACAGGCUCAGAAAAGUCAAAAAUAGUGAGAUAUCUUGCAGAGGGAUGCAGCACUCUUAAAAUUGCAAAGCUUCUGAAGCGUGAUCAUCGAACAAUCAAGCGUUUCAUUCAAAAUAGUCAACAGGGUCGCAAGAAGCGUGUGGAAAAACCAAGGCGCAAAAUAACUGCCCAUGAACUGAGAAAAGUCAAGCGUGCAGCUGCCACGAUGCCACUUGCCACCAGUUUGGCCAUAUUUCAGAGCUGCAACAUCACUGGAGUGCCCAAAAGCACAAGGUGUGCAAUACUCAGAGACAUGGCCAAGGUAAGAAAGGCUGAAAGACGACCACCACUGAACAAGACACACAAGCUGAAACGUCAAGACUGGGCCAAGAAAUAUCUCAAGACUGAUUUUUCUAAGGUUUUAUGGACUGAUGAAAUGAGAGUGAGUCUUGAUGGGCCAGAUGGAUGGGCCCGUGGCUGGAUUGGUAAAGGGCAGAGAGCUCCAGUCCGACUCAGACGCCAGCAAGGUGGAGGUGGAGUACUGGUUUGGGCUGGUAUCAUCAAAGAUGAGCUUGUGGGGCCUUUUCGGGUUGAGGAUGGAGUCAAGCUCAACUCCCAGUCCUACUGCCAGUUCCUGGAAGACACCUUCUUCAAGCAGUGGUACAGGAAGAAGUCUGCAUCCUUCAAGAAAAACAUGAUUUUCAUGCAGGACAAAUCACACGCGUCCAAGUACUCCACAGCGUGGCUGGCAAGAAAGGGUAUAAAAGAAGAAAAUCUAAUGACAUGGCCUCCUUGUUCACCUGAUCUGAACCCCAUUGAGAACCUGUGGUCCAUCAUCAAAUGUGAGAUUUACAAGGAGGGAAAACAGUACACCUCUCUGAACAGUGUCUGGGAGGCUGUGGUUGCUGCUGCACGCAAUGUUGAUGGUGAACAGAUCAAAACACUGACAGAAUCCAUGGAUGGCAGGCUUUUGAGUGUCCUUGCAAAGAAAGGUGGCUAUAUUGGUCACUGAUUUGUUUUUGUUUUGUUUUUGAAUGUCAGAAAUGUAUAUUUGUGAAUGUUGAGAUGUUAUAUUGGUUUCACUGGUAAUAAUAAAUAAUUGAAAUGGGUAUAUAUUUGUUUUUUGUUAAGUUGCCUAAUAAUUAUGCACAGUAAUAGUCACCUGCACACACAGAUAUCCCCCUAACAUAGCUAUAACUAAAAACAAACUAAAAACUACUUCCAAAAAUAUUCAGCUUUGAUAUUAAUGAGUUUUUUGGGUUCAUUGAGAACAUGGUUGUUGUUCAAUAAUAAAAUUAAUCCUCAAAAAUACAACUUGCCUAAUAAUUCUGCACUCCCUGUAUUAUUUGUGGGGUUUUUUUUGUAUUGAGCUGUAAUCCAAGUUUUGUAUAUUGACUGUUUGUUUGUUUGGUUUGUUUUUUUUAAAAGCAACUUAUUGUAAUGCAAAUUGCUGUCAGGUGUGAUUGCUGCGUUUAGCUAUAAAUUAAUGACUUUUUUAUAUUUUCCAGAGUUGGAGGACUAUGAGAAACUCUGCACACCUGCUUCCAAACUCCAUGAUAACACACCAGAGAAGUACGCCAUGCUAUUUAUUUAUUUAGUUAUUUAUUUUUCUGUUAGCAAUUGAUUCCAAACUUAAAACUUCCCUUUUAAUUCCAGCCCUGAACCCGGUUUUAACUCUGCUCAACAAACUGCCAAGAAGCUGUACAGAGUAUUGAGACGGCAAUGGCAACAAAUAGAAGAGGACACUCCAGAUGCUGCCUCACCUAAUCACUGUAUUAAGAGAGUAUGUUCUAGCAGAUACAUUUUACUUCUGUUGUGUAGUUUUGCACCCAAAGCCUUCCCUCCACCCCUCUUCUUUCUGGCCAGAGCUUUGAUUAUAAGGCCCUCAUACCUAUUUUCAUCGGAGUCUCUGGCAAUGGCUGGCUCACCUCCGGACAUGGCUUCACUGAAACAGCUCUAUAUGUUUUGAACAGUUUGUUCGUGUGAAAGGAAAGCUUGAUGUCCAGUGAUUUUGGUGGUACCAGGUGGUAUGCUCAGUUAUCAGUCAAGGUAUGUAAGCAGUGAAGACGAGGAUAGAUGAGUUACUAAAGGAAUUCUAUGGCUUCAGGAAUAGAAAAAAAGUUUUAGGCUCCUGGUCCCUCUUUUGUCCCCUCCCCCAACCACCCUUCUCUCUAAAAAGCAUGAAAACUCCACUUUACUCCAGUGCUGCGCAGGUUCACAAGUGCUGGCUCCACCCCUGCCAUUAUGGCUCAGAUCAUCAGAAUUGACAGUCUCAGCCAAUCCAAUGGUUUCCCGUAGGAAAGCGUUGGGUUGGCUGAGAUCGUCAAAUCGGAUGAUCUCAGCCAAGAAGACGGAGCGGAGCGAAGCUCUGAUACUGUACAUAUGGUGUCCUGCCAAAGUUGCUACACUCCAAAUUCUGCUAGAUAGAAGUCUUAAAGUGUGCCGGCUACUGGAUAGUGGUUUUCUAUUUUGGAAAUGCAAUGGUCACUUUAGCUCCUGAAGCACUUCUGAGAUAAUCCGGAUGGAUCUUGAACGUUAAACUGUCAGCAUUCUGAUGUUAGAGCAGAGUAGCAUAUCAAUGCAAAGGAAAAUACAGUAUUUCUAUAUACUCCCAGAGGUGUCGUAGUUUUUAUUGUAUUUUUUAUUUUUUUUGGCUUAAUGGAAAAACUAUUUAUUUAAUCCAUUUAUGGCACUUAUGGUUGUGUGUGGGUUUGUUUUCUAUUCAGCCGCUAAUGAGUAAAGACACCAUUCCUGAGGAAUUUGAGUCAAGUUUGAAUUUGGAAGAGGAAAUUAAAAAAUUCAAGUUGAGAGAAGUGAACGAGUGGAGUCCCCCUCGCUUUCAAAUUCUAAACACUAUUCAUCCCUAUAUCAAGUGAGUACUUUGUUUUUGUGUUAUGGAUUUGUUUUGUUAUGAAUGAUGCCAGCGUUCCAGAUAUGAACCGUACUGAAACCUCCGUUUACUGCUUUUAUUUUAAGCCAAAUUCUGGAAGGCUGAGGAUAUAGGCCUAUUUAUUAACGGAGAAGCGAUGCCCCCAUUCUUGGCCAUCUGUAGGAAAAAAAACACAUUGCAAUAUUAAUAAAAUAAUAAAAGACAGUCUAAAAAAAUCUUUGGAAAGGUUUACCCUUUUUUUUUUUUAAAAAGGCCAUUCCACCUCUCCGGCACUUACUUAAACACUCCUUAUUAUGCCAUAAACUCCUUUUAACUCCAGGCACUGGACUCAUAAGCCCUGCACUUAAAUUUGCACUACUCCUGGGCAGCAGCAAUGACUAUUGUACACAACAGCCCCAAUACAUACAAUAAACAAAACUUGCAAAUCCCUAGAAAGGAACUUCUUGUACACCACGAUCACUGACUAAAUAUCGAAUAGAAAACAAAACAAAAAGAUCCACCACUAAAUAAAUUGCAAACCUGAAUAAGGUAAAUGUGGAGGAGAUUUAGCUCCUUUAAAAUCUAACUUUUUUUUAAAUUUAUUUAUUUAUAUAUAUAUAUUUUUUUUUUUUAUUGCAUUCGAGGGAAAAAAAAAAAAUAUUAAUAAGGAUUACAUUUCCAUGAAACUUUAUACUCCAAUGCCAUGACAUUUCUUAGUAGAAAUUAUUAGAAUGUCUUUCAAUUAAUUUAUUUAAAUAUAUAUUUUAUUUGUAUUCGGCUCAUCUGCGAGUCUGACACGAAAUGUGUGGUUUUUUUUUUUGUUUUGCACUUUCAAGAAUACUCUGCACUUUGCCCUUAACAGUUCUUGACCCGUAUACCCUUUAAAGUGCUGAUAGCGGAAACCGGAUUUUUUUUUUUUUUUUUUUUUUGACAAAAUUACUUCCUUUUAUCCAGACUAGCUGACCAAACAAAACUUGCACACUUGGCAGCAACUUGUUUUAGUUCUAAAACUAAUGGUUAAUGAAUGAUAAACCUGAAUGAAUAAAUACAUGAUGAAAAGUUCUAGACUAGCUUCUUCACUGAAGACCUUUCAAAAGUCUUAAUGUCUGUUACCAAGCAUGGCAUUAUGAUGCACAACAGUGUUAACACUUCUCAUAGAGAAGCAUCUGAUUGGCAGAGAACAGUGACUGCUACGAAUGUGCUCUAGGUCCCCAAUGCUUGUCUUUGAGGUGCAUCGGAUUGUCUGAGAUCCAUCAGUCUUGUGUAUCUCAGAGUUAGUUCAGCUCUUGCAAGGAGUCUGUCACAGUAUUGGAUUGCAGGGCAGUUUAAUUUCCUUCCCCACACCUACUUUAUUUUUAUAUGGGACGGGGUCCUGCAUUUAAAAGAUUUUACACCUUUUAUUUACCUUUAAAGGAAGUCAUUUUCAAUAUGUGAAACAUUUUGUUAUGUAUACUUUAAGGCAUGACAAAACUAGUUAGGCAUCAAGGACAAAGUUUUAAGCUCGUAACUGAAAUUCCCCAUGUUGUGUUUUUGCUUUUUCUUUUACUGGCCUGUAAAAUGCCUUUAUUCUUUAGGGAGAGGGGAGGAGGUGGUGUGACAUGUGUGGUUGUGGUGGUGUUUUUUUUUUUUUUUUUCCAGUUAAUGAUUUUCUGCUCCAUUAAUUAUCAAUAAAUUGUGUCCUGAAAACAUUGGAAGCCUACAUGAUCCAUUCUACGAUUUUUGUUGUCUAGCUCAACUUCCUUUUCUUGUUUUGGGAGUAGAUUCAGAAAAAAAUGUGCCACUGAAUGCUGUGACCUCUGACAUGAAACGGCCUUUCUGUGAACUAAACCUGUGAAAUAUUUUCUUACAGGAGGGAUUUUGUUGUGGCAUCACAGAAUUAUUUGUGUGCUGGCUGUGGAACAAAAGUUGAGCCAAGUAAGUGACUUUUAAUGUAAUUAAUAUUUGAAAAGAAUGGAUAAUCCUUACAUCCAUAACAGGAAUGUGUGUAAAUUUUUUUUGUGUACAUGAAGCUCUUUUCUAAUGAUUUGCUACUAGCUAGAUGCUACCCACUAAAAAUAACCAAACCCUCUGUAACAUUAAUAAACUAUAUAGUUUGUAACGUAUAUGUAAUAUUAAUACAAUUUUAGUUUCCGAAGAAUUACUUGUCAUUUGAGACCCUUCUUUCUCAUUCGGAAUUAAAGUUUACAAAAAAGCUGUUUUUAUAAAACCAUUGUCCCUUACUACCUAUAGUAUUGAAAAGACAGUUAGGCCAGCAAAUACUCCUCCAGUAAACUCAAAACUAUUUCACUUGCUCAUCGAGAUGCUAGAAUGCAUUGUAUAUCUAUGGGCAAGCAUCUCUAUUACACCUUUAUUCACCUGGUUUAAACCCUUCUGGCAGGUUUGAUUCUUCUGGUCUUUCCUUUACUCCUUACCUUUUUUACAUAUUUCCAUUCUCACGGAGAUCGGAAGUUAUUCAGCAAAGCAUUUUGGGUGAAGACACAAUGAGUCACCUCUACAUUUUCUACUUAUUCUAAAGUCUUUCCCCUUUCUGACACUAUGAAACUGAACUUCUAGCAAACCAUGUCCCUUCAGUCACCUAUUGCAUUUCUGAAUACUCAAAGCUUGUUUUGCGUUUCAGGUUACACAAACAGAUUGCGGUAUUGUGAUUAUCUAGGAAAGUAUUUUUGUGACUGCUGUCACUGCUAUGCUGAGAGUUCCAUUCCUGCUCGGAUUAUCUUGAAAUGGAACUUUAGUAAAUAUUAUGUCAGCAACUUUUCUAAAAAUCUGCUGGAAAAUAUAUGGGAAAACCACAAAUUCAACGUACAAUGUGAAAACCCAGACUUGUACAGGAAAGUGAGAGAGCUGAACCGUGUCAAGGCAAGUUGUUUUGUUUUUCUGGUACUUUGCACAUCGUUUCUGUUGAUUUUUAAAUGCUGUUUUAUUGCACAUGACGGGAUAAUCUGUAUUGUUUGUGGGUGAGGUCAAUUCUUUCAACCGGCUGGCUUGGAUGAAUAUGUGAAAUAUCCUGUGACAGCCAAAUUGCACCGAUACUUCUCACAAAACAUGUACAGGACGCUAUGUCGGUCUCUCUUUGGAAUAGAGGUGUAAACAAAAUCUUGAUUUUUAUUAAUUUACUUAGUUUGUCUACAUAUCUAGCAUAAGCUGCAGAUCUAAUGUCCAAUUGAUAAACUGCAUUUCAUGUCACAUACCACAGUGUAUUUAAUGUGCACAAAUUAUGAUAAACAUGCAUUUUCCCUUUGGCCGGGGAGGGUGGUUAAAUAUUACAUACUGCAUUGUGAUGUCCAUGGCAGACACAGCGUGUCAUGAUGGCCUUGUUCAGUGUAGCACAUAUAGACUCAAGACUGGUAAUACUGGAUGUUCUGGAUUCAAGCUGAAACUUUUUGUAUACUUUGUGCGAUUGCAUGGUAUAUAUGUACAUGCCAUGAAACUGGACAAAAUGAAUGAAUGUGAAAUCUACAUGGUUUGAUGUAUGCCCAUGAUUCUGACCCAAUUUUUACUACAUCUGGUCUAUAAAUUACAAAUUCCUAUUUAUUUUCUUUAAUAUUUUUAAUUUAUUUUACAUAUUUGCACCAAAUAUGUUUGAAUUCCUUACACAAAUUGAAAUUGGCACACUGGGGGCUAACCUCCUAAAUCUACCAUUUUUGAAAUGGCAAUUUUGUAUUUUUAGCAAAAGGCAGCCUUAGAGGUGUUAACCCAAUUUCUAAGAUGGACCUCCUUGAAUAAUCCUAAAUGAAUGAGCAGAUGAUAUUUACAUAGCAACUGCUACACAUAAAAUGUAUUUAAAGGGACACUAUAGGCACCCAGACCACUUAAGCAAAUUGAAGUGGUCUGGGCACUGUCCCUUUUGCACCAUAGAAACCAGAAUGUUUACAUUGCAGCACGAAGUCUGCAUCCAGUGGCUGUCUCCCACUAGAGGGCUUCCUGGAUUGAAACGGACCUUUGGUCUGGUAUCUGAUGCUCUGCAUGAGGACAUCCAGCGUCAGAUUUUUCCCCAUUGGAAAGCACUGAUUUAAUGCUUUCCUAUGGGGAGGUCUAAUGCGCGUGCGGCAUUAGAGCCUGCUCGUCAAGGGGGCAGUCAAGGGAACAUCUGCACUGGGAUAUGGUAAGUUAAUAAAGGGCUUUUAACCCUUUAUUUACCAAGGAGGGGAGGCAUGAAGGAGGGGGGAGGGAGCAUUAGUGCCAGGAAUACAGCUUUGUAUUCCUGGCACUAUAGUAUCCCUUUUAAUGAGGAAGCAUUUUUGCCAACUCUACUGCAUAUUCAUAAUAAUUUGAGAUAGAUAUAAAAUAUAUCUAAAAUAUCUCUCUCGAACAAAAUAAAUUUUAAAAAAUCCUAAAACAAAAUUACAAUAAUAACUUAUAUUUAGUUUUCUGUUCUUUGACUUUUUAUUACAUUCCUGCUGCUUAACAUGCACUCCUUCUGUCCUGUAACAUUUCCAUUCUUCUUAAUUUUCAGGAUGUCAAAGAACAGUUGAUUCAGUUAAAAAGAUUUCUGCGCACAUGUAGAUUUGCGGACAGGUACAGAUUUUAUUUUUAAUUUCAUUUCAAUUAGAACCAUGUUACAUCUGACUUCUUUUAAUGCCGCUUUAUGAUAUAUGGUGACUUUUUUUUUUUUUCUCUGACAGAAUUGGUGUAUUAAAGAUGUUUGAGGAAGUGCCAAUACACCUGACUGAAGAACUGCAUCAAUUUACUUUAAGUGACCUAAUAAAAGUAAAGCAGGGUUUGCUUUUGCCUGCCUUACGCCAGAUCCUCGCCAGUGGCAUAGCUCAUGUGGAGAUCUGUGAGGUAUGGCCCAGGCUCAACCAUAUUUUGUAAAAUUAUUCUUUUCAUGUUUAUUUCAAUUCCCUCCCUCUCCCCCCCCACCCCCCCUCUUCUAAAUGUUUGGAAAUCCUUAAAUCUUUGGUAAGCUUAUCUGCCAGAUAAUGAAUCCAUCCCCCCAUGCACCCCAAUAGCAGUCUUGCUAUGCCUCUUUGGCCUUACUGUAUGUCCCUUAAAUAUAUUCUUUCUGUCUUUAAAGUUUACUGUUAUAUUUAUAAAGCUAUUUUGACCUAAUUGUACACACAUUGGGAGUUAAUUUCCUUCUGGGUUUAUUGCACAUUCCCAGUAUUUGUUACUUGCUUGUGUUUACUUAUUGUACAACAGAUUUUAAAAUGGCAUAUUUGGGAAUAUUCACUAAACAGCAAAUUGGUUUUGAAAUGAGAAAUAACUAGCAAAGAUGUGACUACACUAGCUUAGGUGGGACAUAUUUCCAUAUCUUUUUUUAUUUUGCUUAAUUUUGGGGGGAAAAAUGCUUUUCUAUUUUCACUACAGUUAAAUGUUAAAAACUCACCUUAUCGUAUUGCACUUGUAUUUUUAAAUGCAUGUUUUUUUUGUUGUUUUUUCUUCUUUCAGCUGUGCCAAGCCAAUGGUUUUAUAUGUGAAUUUUGUCAGGGUGAUGACAUCCUCUUCCCCUUCCAGUCUGAAAAAUGUGCAAGAUGUGACGGUAUGGGACAUGUGAUUGUAUCACUUUUACACUAACCACUGCAAACACUGCAAAGAAAGCAAUUUAUCUUCAAACUAUUGGAUUGUUCGUGUUCAUAUUUGCUUCUGUAUUGAUGACUCUGUAUAAAGGAACACGGAAUAGAUUUGCUAGACUUUUUAUGUUAUGGCAACAAUCUUAAUGUAUCUUUAUUCAUUGUCUACAAUGAUUUUGAUUUGAUUGAUCUUUGGGCAAGAUGUUUUUAGAUUGUGGUUAUUGUAAACUUAGUGUGUGAGUGUACAAAAAAUACAUCUGAUUUUAGGCAUUUGCAUGCUAAAUAGAAAAGUUGGGUCUCUUGCUCUAUAUAACAGAACAAUGGGUAGAGUCAGCGCUAAUCGGGAAGGCAGCAGUCCCAAACAAGGACUCCCUCUAGUCUCCAUGGAAAUCAAUGGUAAACGCAAGAAAAGAUGAGGGGAUGGGUCUGCGCCAAUGUGUACACUGAGUAUUGAGUCCAAUAGGAUCUAUGUUAUUGUGUCCAAAGUUCUACUUUUGGUGGUAUCCAGAAGGUAUCGAUGUCGUGGAGAGUAAUCCAAAUAUGUAAAAAUAGAAGAGAUCUUACUUACAAUUUGCAGAGCUUAAUCCAGCUCUGGUGUGGAUAGCUUACAGCGGUAUUAUCCCCGCUUACAGGAUAUACAGCAGGUGUCCUCUUCUUUGUAGUAACGGGUGGCCAAAGUUGGGAAAAAAAUAAAAUAAAAACAGUAAUGGUGCAGUAUGUUCUACACUUAUAUAAAAAAAUAUAUAACAUAUGAUAGAUACACUCACAUUCGGUAGAGCUUUGACUAGCUCUAGUUGGUUAGGCGUACAGCGGUAUCAUCCCGCUUAUAGGAUAUAUGAUGAGUGAUCUUGACCGGAAUAUCAGGAGCUCGGAGAGAAGGUAAAACAACGAUAGUGCUCUCAAUAAAAUCUUAAUGAUAAAAUAAAAUAAUAAAAUAUACUCACAAUGUAUAGGGCAGACUAACUGCUCUAUGUAACAGCGUAGGCGGUAUGAUCCCCACCUAGGAUUCUUGGAGUAUAAUAUGCAGGACUUAAAAAAUAAUAAAAGAAGUAUAUAGUAUAAAAUGUAUAUAAAACGUUUAUAAAAUAGCCAGGUAACAAAAAAGAUGAUGGUUUAAACGUAAAAAUGACCAAAAUCUUUUUGUUAGCAAUAUAUAAAACAGUAAAAAAUAUCCAAAUGCGUUUCGCCUGUAUAAGGCUUUAUCAAUGGAUAACAAAAACUUGCUCUUUAUGUAGAUGGGCUAGGGAUGUAACUUUCCUUCUCUUUGAACAUCUAAGAUUUUAAAUUGAGGGAACAUGUUAAGACCUACGGUGUGGGGGGGGAGAUUAUCUGAUCCCCUGCUAAUUUUGAACGUUUGCCCACUGACAAAGAAAUGUUUAGUCUAUAAUUUUAAUGGUAGGUGUAUUUUAACAGUGAGACAGAAUAACAAAAUCGAGAAAAAUACGUGUCAAAGUUUAUAAAUUGAUUUGCAUGUCAAUGAGUGAAAUAAGUAUUUGAUCCCCUAUCAAUCAGCAAGCUUUCUUGCUGCGAGGUGUCUUUUUUAUAGAGGUAACGAGCUAAGAUUAGGAGCACUCUCUUAAAGGGAGUGCUCCUAAUCUCAGCCAGUUACCUGUAUAAGACACCUGUCCACAGAAGCAAUGAAUCAGAUUUCAAACUCUCCACCAUGGCCAGGACCAAAGAGCUGUCCAAGGAUGUCAGGGACAAGAUUGUAGACCUACACAAGGCUGGAAUGGGCUACAAGACCAUUGCCAAGCAGCUUGGUGAGAAGGUGACAACAUAUGGUGCGAUUAUUCGCAAAUGGAAGAAACACAAAAUAACUGUCAGUCUCCCUCGGUCUGGUGCUGCAUGCAAGAUCUCACCUUGUGGAGUUACAAUGAUCAUGAGAACCGUGAGGAAUCACCCCAGAAGUACAAUGGAGAAUCUUGUUAAUGAUCUCAAGGCAGCUGGAACCAUAGUCCUCAAGAAAACAAUUGGUAACAUACUACACCGUGAAGGACUGAAAUCUUGCAGUGCCCACACCCGCAGUCCCCCUGCUCAAGAAAGCACAUGAACAGGCCCAUCUAAAGUUUGCCAAUUAACAUCUGAAUGAUUCAGAGAAGAACUGUGUGAAAGUGUGGUCAGAUGAGACCAAAAUCAAGCUCUUUGGCAUCAACUCAACUCACCUUGUUUGGAGGAGGAAUGCUGCCUAUGACCCCAAGGACCCCAUCCCCACCCUCAAACAUGGAGGUGGAAACAUUAUGCUUUGGGGGUGUUUUUCUGCAAAGUGGACACGACAACUGCACUGCAUCAAAGGAACGAUGGAUGGGGCCAUGUACCUUCAAAUCUUGGGUCAGAACCUCCUUCCCUCAGCCAGGGCAUUGAAAAUGGGUCGUAGACGGGUAUUCCAGCAUGACAAUGACCCAAAACACACAGCCAAGGCAACAAAGGGGUGGUUUAAGAAGCACAGUAAGGUCCUGGUGUGGCCUAGCCAGUCUCCAGACCUUAUUCCCAUACAAAACCUGAGGAGGGAGCUGAAGGUUCAAGUUGCCAAAUGUCAGCCUCAAAACCUUAAUGACUUGGAGAGGAUCUGCAAUGAGGAAAAUCCCUCCUGAGAUGUGUGCAAACAUGGUGGCCAACUACAAGAAAUGUCUGACCUCUGUGAUUGCCAACAAGGAUUUUGUCACCAAGAACUAAGUCAAAGGGGUCAAAUCUUUAUUUCACUCAUUGAUAUGCAAAUCAAUUUAUAACUUUUUUGAAAUGCGUUUUUCUGGAUUAUUUUGUUUUUGUUUUGUUAUUUUGUCUCUCACUGUUAAAUUACACCUACCAUUAAAAUUAUAGACUGAUCAUUUCUUUGUCAGUGGGCAAACAUUCAAAAUCAGCAGAAGAUCAAAUACUUUUUUUCCUUCGCUGUAAAAUCCCCAAACCCCAUGUAAAUAAUCCUACCUUUUUGACUUCUUACCCGGGGUCCCUAUGUUUCUGCAGAUAGAAGUGAGGUGGAAGCUCCUAUUGGAGCUUCUAUUGGCUCUCCUGAGUGAAGUCCUGCUGUGAGGUGCCAGCUUGUUAGCCAAGAGCAUUGGCUCAUUGCUGUCAGCCACUGAGCUAAUCUCUGCACUGCCGGACUUGGCGCAGUGAAGAUGGUUUUGAAAUGUAGGGAUCAGUGCCUGUCAGACUCCAGGUAACAAGUCAAAUGUUUUGAUUAUUUACAUUGUGGUGGCUAUUCAACAAUUCUUUAAAAGGGAGUUUAAAAUAAAAAAAAAAUUAAAAAAUUGAAGCUGUAUUAACAUUGUUGGCAGUGCUGACUUUUUGUCUUCUUCUAUACCAGGUUGUAAAGCAUGUUUUCACAAGAAAUGUUUCAAGGCCAAAGAUUGCCCGAAAUGUCGCCGGAUUGAAGCACGCGAAGCCCUUCUUAGAUGUGAAUCUCCUGCUGCAUCAUGUAGCCCACAGUGUUAACAAAAAAGGGAUUUUUAUACCAGAUUCUAAAUUUUUAUUUUUUUUAAUAUAUGUGAACUUUUAUAAAUUAAGGAACUGUUGGUGCCAUUAUCUGGCCAAACUUGCACCAAAUCUAUUGUAUAAACGUUUACAAAGUAUCCUGUCAUUUAAACAAUUUCAGCUUUAAAGCAAUUUUUUUUUAAGUUUUAAUUUAUUUAUUUUUUCCUUCUUCUUCGGAAGGUUAUUAGUGUGUAUUUGUUGUCUCUUCAGUGCCACUAUGAUUUGUCACUUAUGGCAAUAUUUAACCAACUAGGGCAACCGGGAAAGUGCACAUAUGUUUGGGGGAUUUUUUUCAUUUUAUUUUAUGUAUAAAGGGUUUUUAUGUUCUGUAAAUACUUUUGACCUUUUCUGUUUAAAAUUGAAUGAUAUAUAUUUUGUUUGUCCCUUUUUUUUUUUUUUAAAGAGUGUUGCACAAUCAAGACUUUACGCUGCUAUUUAAGAGUACUGUAUCUUGGGGAAGGUUUUGCUUUGUGUGAUCAUUUUUGUUGCACCAAGCACUGAAGACUUUGUAUGUUUGUACAGAUGAGUUCAACAAAAUUGACCAGAAAUUAUUGAAUGAAGUGUAUGUUUGACAUUUUAUGUACAGCUUUUGUUACAGUGUCCAACUUCAUUAUUAAACCAGACAAACCUAAAAAUGUGGUUUAUAUUUUGUCUUGAAAGCAUUAGUCACCGAAAGCAACAAACACUAAGUCAAAGGGGUCAAAUCUUUAUUUCACUCAUUGAUAUGCAAAUCAAUUUAUAACUUUUUUGACAUGCGUUUUUCUGGAUUAUUUAUUUUUGUUUGUUUUUGUUUUGUUAUUUUGUCUCUCACUGUUAAAUUACACCUACCAUUAAAAUUAUAGACUGAUCAUUUCUUUGUCAGUGGGCAAAUAUUCAAAAUCAGCAGAAGAUCAAAUACUUUUUUUCCUUCGCUGUAAAAUCCCCAAACCCCAUAACAUGAUUUUGAUGCACAGGUGUUGUAACUUUACUCCGUGAGAAACCGUAAUGUUAUUGCAUUUGUCCAAGAACACACCUCUCUUGCCUAUCAGACAGACUGCCACUAGAGCCACUACCUCUUUAAGAGCUUUUAUUCAUUUUGUUUUUUAACGCCAAAGGUCUUUACAUUAAAUGUAAUGACAAUGAAUGCAACAAAUACAUUGCAUAAAGAAGCAUUGGAUUUGGUGUUUUUACCAGAAGAAGCUACAGACUGGCCGAGAGCAGCUCUUGCCACGCAUGCACCUUAUGUCUCUAAACUGUUGGAGAAGUGGUCACAAUAAGAGAAACCUGCUACAUGUAUGUUGGGACUGCCCAGAGGUGCAGUAUUUUGGACAAAACACUACAGAAUUAUUUAACAUUUAGCUGAUAACCUUCUACAGUCAUGCUCCUCAAUCACUUUCAGUGCUCACUCAGACUUUAAACUGUCAAUAAAUUUGAGACAUUUGACAGUAAUCUAGAGCAUGUGAAAAAGUGCUCCCAUUGUUUUGCAUUUCAGUGGACACCGUAGAUGAGAUUAGACAGAUCAAGGACUUGAUAAUCCUAGAUCAAGACCUUAAAGUCUAUACCACCAGAUGGUUUUCUUGGCUGGAGUUCCUCUCCUUCCUAUUAUUUGUACUCCCAGAGGUCUUCCAAAUCUCAUUUUAAACGGUUAUAUUUUUACUGCUUAAUAUAAUAGUGUCACAUACAGUGGCGUACACAUGACCCAUGGGGCCCCGGUGCGAAAAUUGAUCCGUGGCCCCCCCCCCCCGCGGGCCGCAACACAUGGCGGUGGGCACCUGGUCGCAGGGGUUACAGGGCUGCAACCCCUGCGACCGAGGUAUGUACGCCAGUGCAUGCAGAUGCACACACACUUAAAGGACCACUACAGACACCCAGAUCACAUCAGCUCAAUGAAGUUGUCUGGGUGUCAGGUCCCUCUAGUUUUAACCCUGCAGCUGAAAACAUAGCAGUUUAAGAGAAACUGCUAUGUUUCACUGAGGGUUAAUCCAGCCUCUAGUGGCUGUCUCACUGACGGCCGCUAGAGGAGCACACUGAACGUCGGUUUGAAUGCAUGUGCGGUCGCAUUCGGAGCUGGGAGGCUGAGGGAUCCCCAGCGCCAAGGGAGUCCGGCGCUGGAGAAAGGUAAGUGCUGAAGACAUACACACACUUACAGACGCAUACACACUAGCUAACAGAGACACACUCAGCGACAGACAUACAUACACACUCACUUACAAAACAUACACUCUCAUUGACAAACACACUAACAGACAUCAAACACACUCGCUGACACUCACUAGCAGACACACACACUAACACUCACACACACACACUCUAAGACACUUUUUUUUUUUAAAUUGAAUCCCCCCAGCCUCCUUACCUUUUGGAGUGCUGGGUGGAUUCCCUGGGGUCCAGUGGUGCUGAUGGGCUCCUGGGCGG